UAUUCACUUUUGCCUCCUAUUCCGUCUGUUGUCCAGAUUUGUUGUGAUUUUCUUUGAAAAUGCAAGAGAGCAAGUAAACAAAUAACAAGGAGCGAUAGAAUUCAGAAGUUCCAGCAUGUGCAACAAUGACAGCUGCUCUGCAUGCAAACCUACACGUAUGGUCAUUAAAGAAACUUAUGUCACAAGCUGGCGAGAAUCAUUCUGGUGUCCAUAUUUAUCAUGACCGAAGCACAGGAAGUAUUGGAGAAGACCCCAUUGUUGAAAGCAAGAGACAGUGGGUUGAAGGAAGAGGAAUAAACUGGAUAUUGCCCAACAAAAGACCAGAAAAGCUAAGAGACAAUUUGCAAGAUCUCGAGGAACUCCUUGAUACAUUUAAAAUUGCUGCCUUGAAAUGGAAGUCGAUUCGACAUCUCCAGAUACUUUUUAGCAAUGGAACAAUAGUGACUAUUACUGUUUCUUUCAACUUUGCGGAUGUUGAUAAGAUAUUAGUUGAUAAGUCACUGGUUGGAAAAAUAAGCGACCCGAUUCACAAUGCUGUCAUUGAAGAAUUGUACAUGGUAUUAGCAUUCACAGAAAAGUCUAAGAUAGGCUACAUUCAUUAUGGAAAAAGACCAACUGAGAGGAAAGAGGGUGAAAAGCUAAGCUCUUUAGAACUGAAAGUGAAACUGAUUGAUAUUCCUGGUCCUUCGGGAAGAGCCAUAGAUAGGAGGCUGUCUGUGAAUUGUAGAGGGGACUUGGUUUGUGUGUGGUGGCCAUCGUCAAGCGAAGCUGUCUGGCCUUGGUCCCCAAUGGCUGGUGAUUUAGGCCGAAUGAACCUGGUGGUUUUGUCCGUAAGCAGUGACAAGUUAGAUGUAUUGUGUCACAUUCAUACAGACUUGGACCCACUUAGCAUUGCGUUCAGCUACAACGAACCAAACCAACUCUUUUCGGUCGAAUCUUCCCAGUCUUCAAGUGGCAGCUACACCCUCAAAAGCAUUGUUUACGAAUGCAACCAAAGCAAGAUUCAACGAUUGACGUCAAUUCCCAUUCAAGUUAAAGGUAAUGUGAUUGCAGAGGGGAGAAAUCAUAAAGAAGAUAAACUUUUGCUGGCUUGCGAUGAUGGAUCUUUGGUGCUUUACGAUGAAGAACGUCAAGUGACACAAACAGCUAGAACAAAAUUUGCGGCGCCAAGUCUCAUUACAUGGCAUCCAAAUGAUGCAGUGGUAUUAGUUGCAAAUUCAAGAGCUGACAUACAGGUAUUCGAUCAAGCAUUGACACCACUUCCUUUAAACCUUUCGUUUGAACAAGGAAAAAUAGAGUCUUAUAGUAGACUGGGACAGUUUUUCAUCAACUCCAGUAAGUUGGACAGAGCCAGUUGGGCUUGUGACUUCAGACUUGGUCCACCUCCAGAUGCUAUUGGUUGCUACGAUGACUUGCUUCUUGCCUUUGACAAGGGGCCUAUUUGCAUGAUGCGAGUGGAGCUUGGCGUGUUAAGUAAUGGAAGACUUGGUCCAGUGGAGAUUGUGUCGGAGUAUAUUCAAAACAAACAAGAAUUAGAGGCGGUGAAUUUCUUGAACAGCAUGAAUUGGAAUACAAACGGAGGCUUGUGUUUUGCUUGUUUGACUAUAAUCAUCGACCAUUUGUUCCGUCUGCCUUUGGUAUUAGACAGAGAGGCAUUUGCUGAAAAUGCUCUUGGAAGUUUUUAUGCACCAACAAGAGCUAUUUCAGAAGACGUGAUGCUGCAAUUCCGUGAUCCAAUCUUUCGUCUGGCUAGACGAUUUUUUCAUCAUCUCCUAAGACAUCAGAGGUUUGAGAAAGCAUUCCUGUUAGCAGUUGAUAUUGGUGCCAAAGAUCUUUUCAUGGACAUACAUUACCUUGCUUUAGAUAUGGGUAAUGAGCCAUUAGCUGAAUCUGCUAAACAAAGAGCAAUGCACCUUCACCAUGAAGAUCUCAACUCAGAUGAAAUUUUGGAUGGAGAAAACUAUGCAUCAGGUGAUGAAGCUGAUUUCCAAGCAAUGCAACAAAUUGGUUAUAGAAAUGACCAUGGCUCUCAUAUGCCAAGCUUCCUCUAUGAGCCAAUGACAGGGAAUGAAUUAAAAUUCAGAGAGCAACAACUGAAUUCAAAUCAGACGUCUUUAAAUAUUGAACAGGGUCACACAAGAGAUGCAGGUGGAAAUUCAGAACUGAGAAUCAACACAACAAGAAAGCAUGACAGAAAAUAUGGAAUGACCUUGCCAUCCAGGAAUGAAGUUGAAAUGACUGAACCAAAACAAGCAGAGCCAAGGGACAAGAUGGCUAGAAAAUUAUCAAGCUCCUUGGCAGCAAAUUCAAGAAACCAGAAAAAGAAAGACAGUACUGAUCAAACAAAAACUAAAGAAGAAAAAAGCAGUAAAUAUGAAAUUAUAAAUUUUGGAUAUGUAUAAAGUUUAGUUUUUUACUUUGUAUAUAGAUGUAUUCUAUU